GCCGCGUAUUUCCUGCGGCAGAAGUUCGGCCAUGGCGUGCAGCUGCACGUGCUGGAGAAGGCAGCGGUGGGCGGCCGGCUGGACACGCUGGACGUGGAGGGGGACGCCUAUGAGGCAGGGGGGUCCGUGAUCCACCCCCUCAACCUGCACAUGAAGCAUUUUGUCAAGGAGCUGGGCCUCUCGGUCGCCUCAGCGCAGGGCGGCCUCGCGGGUGUGUACAAUGGGGAGGAAUUUGUGUUUGAGGAGAGCAGCUGGUCCUUCAUCAACCUCCUCAAGCUGCUCUGGCACUACGGCCUCAACCCCCUGCGCAUGUCCAUGUGGGUGGAGGACAUCCUGGACAAGUUCAUGAGGAUCUACCGGUACCAGAUGCAUGACUACGCCUUCAGCAGCAACGAGCGCCUGCUCCAGACCCUGGGAGGCGACGACUUCACCCGCCUGCUCAACCAGACCAUCGAUGAGGCCAUGCAGAAAGCAGGAUUCUCCCAGAAAUUCAUCAACGAGGUGGUUUGUCCGGCCAUGAGGGUGAAUUACGGCCAAGGGGUCACCAUCAAUGGCUUUGUAGGUGCUGUGUCCCUGGCUGGGGUGCAGUCAGGCCUUUGGUCUGUGAAAGGAGGGAACAAACUUGUCUGUUCUGGCCUUAUCUACUCCUCCAAGGCCGAGGUUAUCCCCGGAACAGUCGUGUCCAUAGAGCCAAAAACCAGACCCAGGCCUGGCAGGGACCCGGCCACGCUCUACCAUGUCACCUACAACACGUCCUCGGGGCUCACAGGGGACACCUACGACAUCGUGAUCAUCGCGGCGCCGCUCGGCCGCAAGAUGGCCAACAUCACCUUCCGCAACUUCGACCCUCCCAUCCCGCAAUUCCCGAAUCCCUACCACCAGACCGUCACCACCUUGGUGCACGGCCGCUUGAACACCUCCUUCUUCGGCUACCGCGACCCCCAGGCUUUUCACCUGGGGGCCAUUUUCACCACAAACAACCCCAAACUCUUCAUCAACAGCCUGGGCGUGGUGUCCCCGGUGGGGGACGCGGGCGGGGAGCUGCCGCUGCGGUCGGCCGUCUGGAAGGUGUUUUCCAAGGAGGAGCUGACCAAGGAGCAGCUCGGUUUGCUCUUCUCCUCGUACGACGCGGUGAAGGUGAAGCGCUGGUUGGCGUAUCCCCAGUACAGGCCUCCCGAGAAGUUUCCUCCCAUCGUCCUGCACGAGCAGCUGUACUACCUGAACGGGCUGGAGCGCGCCGCCAGCGCCAUGGAGAUGAGCGCCAUCGCCGCCCGCAACGCCGCCCUGCUCGCCUUCCACCGCUGGCACGGCCACGACCACAGCGUCGACCAGGAGGACCUGCACGAGAAGCUCAAAACGGAGCUCUGAGACCUCCCCCCGGGGCUUAAUUAACACUAAUGAGCUCCCUGCUUCGUCCUCUGAGGAGGUGUUUCAUAGGAUCCUGGGAUCCUUGAAGUUGGAAGACUUUCAAGAUGAUCAAGACCUUCAUGAUGAUCAAGAUCUUCAGGAUCAUCAAGACCUUCAAGAUGAUCAAGACUUCAGGAUCAUCAAGAUCUUCAGGAUCAUCAAGAUCUUCAGGAUCAUCAAGACGAUCAAGAUGAUCAAGAUCUUCAGGAUCAUCAAGAAUUUGAAGAUGAUCAGGAUCUUCAGGAUCAUCAAGACCUUCAGGAUCAUCAGAGACCUUCAAGAUGAUCAAGACCUUCAGGAUCAUCAAGAAUUUGAAGAUGAUCAGGAUCUUCAGGAUCAUCAAGAUCUUCAGGAUCAUCAAAGACCUUCAAGAUGAUCAAAGACCUUCAAGAUGAUCAAAGACCUUCAGGAUCAUCAAGACCUUCAAGAGAGCUAAUUAACAGCCAAGUAAUUAACACUAAGGAACUCCGUGCUUUUCCCCUCCCAGGAGGUGUUUUGUAGGAUCGUGGGAUCCUUAAGGUUGCAAGAUCUUCAAGAUCUUCAAGAACAUCAAGAUGCCAUAAUUAACUCUAAUGAACUCCAUACUUUUCCCCUCCAAGGAGGUGUUUUGUAGGAUCGUGGGAUCCUUAAGGUUGGAAAAUUCCUGAAUUUUCCUCGAACUCCUUGAUUUAUUCCUGUCUGAGAGUAGGGAAUUCAUUAAAAGUGCAAUAUUGACCCCAAAAGUGCCCUCCAGCUGGGAAUAUCGACUCCCUGGCUGUCCAUCCCUCUACCCCAACUUUUCCGAGGGGUCUGCCAAGGAAUUAUUCCUCAGGGUGGAAAUUGGGGGGGGAUGGGAUACUGGAAGCUGCCAAAAUGGGUGGGAAAGAGGAAAAACCACCAAUUCCCAGCGCUGUGCUGAGGUAUGAAAGAAUUAAUAAAAAAUUUUACAACCUGACUGUUACGGAGAAAACCACCAAAAAUAGCACAAAUUUAACACCCACAUCAAUAAAUCAAAGUUUUCCAUGA